AUGUCGUCCAUCUCGUUCCCGAGCAACAACUCGAGCUUCAUCUCGGGCGCGUCGUCCUUCGAGCACGACGAGCACAGUCACACGCCGUCGUUCGACAACGUCUCGGAUGCGUUCCACAUGAACCCGCUCUCGGCCCACCCGCCGCGCACGCCCCGCCCCUCGACCGGCAUGGGCUCGUCCGUGUACGGCACGGAGGUGUAUCACAAGCUGGACGAGACCCCGGAGACGAAGACGACGUACGAGGAGGACUCGGAGGAUGAGGACGACAAGGCGCGCGCGGAGGCGGAGGGGAAGGUCAGGAAGGAGGAGAUCUGGAGGGACCUGUUUACGACGAGCAAUGGGCGCGACAAAGCUCUUAAAAUCAUGCAGUACUCUCUGCGGUUGUACCUGGUAUUUCAUAGUGGCGUAACAGCAACGUCCCUCCUAAAGAACAGGAAGUCAUCAUCGUGGGAGGCGGACAUAUUGAAGCGAUUUGAGUCCACUGCGAAUGGCUUCUCGCUCACGAGACGGUGCCUUAUCCUCUUCAACUGGCUCGUGCCACUAACAUCAAUCAUGGAGCAGCACAACAACGCUGCGGUGAGCGGCGGGGACUCAUCACGUAAAGGGAAAAGCAAGCCCCUUCUACAUACGCUGUUGAACUCGCCGCCGCCAGUCCUGCUAGACCUUCUGUGCGGUGCCGCGGACGAUGUCUACACGUUCCACAGGCUAGGCAUGCUCGGUCCGAAGCUGGGCGAGCGCGCCGGCCGUGUAGCGGACUGGUGUUGGUUCGCGGGUACGCUCGUCAACCUUGUCGAGAACACCGUGGAGAGGAGCGUGCUUCUCAACCUGCAGCAUGAAGUCGAAUCAAGGCUGUACAAAGAAUCGAUGUCGGGGCAGACGGCAAAGUCGAAUCCGACAGCGAACAGGAUCGACGACAAGGAGCUGUCGCGGCUGCAGAAGCAGGACUUCUGGAUCCAGGUAACGAGGUUCAAGCUGCUCAUGGACCUCAUCUUUGUCUCGUAUAACGUCUUCCGCCUGAACCGGGCGAAGCGUCCGGUCCAGACCAUCACAGGCUUGACUGCGGCCUUUCUCAGCACUGCAAAGCUGUACGAUCGUCAUAAGACUGUACUGAUAAAGGCGGCCAAGCAUUGA